CACGACCAAACCCGAGCUGAGGCAGAGCGCUGCUAUCCAAUUGGUUGCAGUUUGCUGUCAAUCUGAUGCGGAGGCGGGCUCAUUCCUCUUUUAUACGACGGUGAUAGCCAGCGACUUUCGCAUAGAAUUAUACAAUAGGGUAGUAUUUUCUGUCAGUCACCAGGUGGGUGGGGUCUUUGAGGGGCAGCUGUGGGGAGUCCGGACGGCGGCGAGUGAGCCGGUCGCAGCCGGCAGUGGAGGCAGCCGAUAGAAUCGACCCGCAAAAAUGGCUGCUAUACGCAAGAAACUUGUUAUUGUGGGAGAUGGAGCUUGUGGAAAGACCUGCCUCCUCAUUGUCUUCAGCAAGGACCAGUUCCCUGAGGUUUAUGUCCCCACCGUCUUUGAAAACUACGUGGCUGAUAUUGAAGUGGAUGGAAAGCAGGUAGAACUUGCUCUGUGGGAUACAGCUGGUCAAGAAGACUAUGAUCGCCUGAGGCCCCUUUCUUAUCCAGACACAGACGUCAUCCUCAUGUGCUUUUCCAUUGACAGCCCUGACAGUUUAGAGAACAUCCCUGAGAAGUGGACUCCAGAGGUGAAGCAUUUCUGUCCCAAUGUGCCUAUCAUCCUGGUGGGAAACAAGAAGGAUCUGCGCAAUGAUGAACAUACACGCCGGGAGUUAGCCAAGAUGAAGCAGGAACCAGUGAAACCAGAGGAGGGCCGGGACAUGGCUAACAGGAUUAGUGCUUUUGGCUACCUGGAAUGUUCUGCCAAGACAAAGGAUGGCGUACGGGAAGUGUUUGAGAUGGCCACUCGGGCUGCCCUGCAAGCCAAGCGUGGCCGCAAAAAGACCUCGUGCCAGCUGUUGUAAUUUCUCCCUCGCCUGCCUUCCCUGCCUGCCACCAAGCUGGUGAGCUGUUCGCUUCCAGGCUUGCCUCCCCUCUGAUUCCAUGCUGAAGCCAGGACUGGCAUGUCUUUUCAGAGGGGGAGGCUGCUAGAUUUGGGCAGGGUUUCUUCUGGAGCUUGGCAACUAACUGUGGAGGUGGGGCUCCCUGUCUGCUCUUCCCAUCACUGUGCAGGGGUGGCAUUUCCCCCCUUCCAUCGCAGGCUUCUGACCCUUCCACCAGAAGUCAGAAGGCGCUGGCCCUAUGGGUCAGCAGGAGAACCCCUUGUCCUUUUGCCUCCUUACUCGCAGCAGUCUUGGCUCUCUUGUUGGUAGCCCAUGGCACUACACUGCUCCUGGCAGUUCCUUUAUAGAAGACUUCCUGCUAAGCGUGAGAGGCCUUUACUUUAGGUAAUGGUCAACACUUUGAAUAAAAACAUCCAGACUGGGGAGGGGCAGGAGCAUCCCUUCACCCAGCAAGGCACUAUUGAUUUGUGAAACAAAUCAUUUAUUGGGGGGGGGGAAUGGAAUUUAGUCCUCCAGCACAGUGGGCCAGCAGUCCUCCUUGCACCCCUCCUCUCAGUAGACAAAUUAAUCCCAUGGCUGGCUUUUCUGCUCUCUGUGAUAUAGCUAAACCACUUUGGACCAGAUCUCCUUCCUCAAAGCAAACACAGUCCAGUUAAAAGGCCAGCUAAGUUCUGAUUCUCUUCCAGUGCUGUUUCAGGAAAGUGGCUUCAAGUCACUUCACCCUAGUGAGAGUUGUCUCCAAUUGAAACAUUUAAUCUCUUAACAGCAGAGCAGGGAGCUGUCUGUCCUUCAAACUGGCCCUGGAGUCCGGGCCUCACAGCCUGGCCCCCUUCCUAGCAAAAAUAUCUAUAUUUGUAAGCAAAGGUGCUACGGGCCAGUUUGUUGCUGUUGGGCAGCUCUCUGGACCUCCUGUGGCUGGAAUAGCCACUGCCACAGCUCCACGUGCAAAGAAAUUAUUCUGUUGCUUUUGUCUCUCUGCUCUCCUUCACUCCUGCUUCUUCUUUCCUGCCCUGUUUGUACUCACUGCAUUGCCACCGGGGUGUAUGAUUUUUGUGUUUAAUUUGUAUUCACAUGUUUAAAAAGUGGUUGUUACUUUUCAAAAUGUACUUGAAAGACAAAUCUGUAAUAAAUUUGUAGCGAUGUUUAGUA